ACAAAAGAAGUCAAUUCCUUAAUUUUCUUAAAUACUGAAAACUUGGGUGUUAAGAGUUAUCAACUCAGGGCCAAGGAGCCCCAGCAGCCCUCAAGCCUGGCUGUACAUUAGAGUCACCAGAGGCAUUUAGGAGAAAUAAUGACCAAGCCUUCCCCAAGUGAACAAAAUCAGAAUUCCUGGGGUGGACACAAGCAUCGCUAUUUCAAAGUCUAAAAGUUGUUUCAGAUUUGAGAAGCUUUCUACACAUUUCUCAACCCUGACAGGGCAUCAUCGCCCAAGAAGCUUUUAAAGACUGUAUUCUCCAACAGUCAAAGACUGACAUUUCCAAUGAAAAACUCUGGAAUUUGUUUUUGGUGCUGGGAUGAAACCCAGGAUCUUGCAAAUGAUUAACCACGUGCUCUUUGUACACUGAGCUAGACCCCCAGUCCUGCUUUCUUCUAUCUAUCUAUCUAUCUAUCUAUCUAUCUAUCUAUCUAUCUGAUGUCUUGCUAAGUUGCCCAUGCUGCCCUUGAACUUGUAAUACUCCUGCCUUAACUUUCCAAGUAGCUGCGAUUACUUGUGUGCCACUGUGACAAGCAUCUUUGAUAUUUUUUAAAGCUCACAGAUGACUUAUAUAUUAGCCAGUGUGGGAAACGAUUAGGUCACAAUAUGAAGAUAUAUUUGGCUCUACUUAAGCAAUCAUGGCAGAUCCAAGACAGCUCCCAGACUAUACCAGUGAAAAACUCCAUCUAUACCACAGGGAGGAAAGAGUACUAAAAUUAAAAAAAAAAAUACUUAGGUUAAAAGUUGUUUUUGGGCCGGGGCUUUAGCUCAGUGGUUUUGCUACCUGCCUCAAAAGUUGUUUUCACAUGAAGUGAUAAUUUAUGUUAAUAUAAAAAUUCCCAUUUUAGAUCAGUUAGCAGUCUGAACUACAGCUCACAUGGAAGAGAAAACAGAAAUAAUCUUAGGUGUAAGAUUACAGUUUGGAUGUCUCUGUGACUAAGCAGAAAACCUAAAACUCUGUGCUGAUAUUUGGCACUCCACAUCAAGGAAUAAAGUCUGAAAGGUGUGGCUCCAGGAGAAAAAUGAAGUGUGUUCAGUUCCCAAUUCUUGCUUUUUGGACUAGUGACUGAACUCAGGGACUUGCACUGUGCUACAUCCCCAGCUUUCCUUUUUCCUUUGAGGGAGGGUCUUGCUAAGUAAGUUGUCCAAGUUAGGCUCAAACUUGCAAUCUUCUUGCCUCAGCCUCCCAGAAUACUAGGAUUACAAGCACGACCACUACACCUCGCUAGAAAUACCAUUCUUCACAAUUCUAGAGCACUUCUAGAACUAAACUGAAAGAAUCAUCACAAAGAGAAUAAUACUGACCAAUUCCAUAACAACAUUUCCUCUUGAACCCUAAAGAUUUUUCCAUGGGAAAUAUAACGAAGAGGAGAAGCCUGGUGGCUGACGAUACCCAGUCACCAGAGGACAGCCCAGCCAUAACACUGCACACUAAUCUUUAUGAGGCCAUAAUCAAAGAAGACUGCACGGCCAUCAAGGCACUCCUCAGAAAUCACCCAGUUGACCAGCCUUUGACCAUUCCAUCCAAUCACACCUGCUAUACAUCACCCCUGCCCCAGCCAACAUGUUCCAUCAUCCCCAUUCAUCUGGCUGUCAAAUACCACAAUGCCCAAAGUCUGCUUUGUUUGUUAAAACAUGGGGCUGACCCUGAAGUACGGGACACAGGAGGCCUCACUACUCUCGAGUUGAUGAUAGUACACUGGCCAAUCACUUCUACCACAUGGACAAAACCAGGUAAUAGAAUCCAAAGGAUCCUGACAGACCAGGAUAAUGCUGAAACGUGUCUUCGCAUCUUGUGUGAAUAUGGAGCUCAAGUUAACGCCCAGGCAGACAACAGUGACAAAGUCUCCCCCCUCCACUUGGCCAUAUUAUAUGGGACCUAUCCAGUCCUUUCCAUACUGGUCCAAAAUGGUGCACAGGUCAAUGCCAUUAAUGAAGCCAGCAUGACACCCCUUCACAUGGCUGCAGAUAUACUGAGUAAGGACAUGAUAGAAACACUUAUUGCAUAUGAUGCAAAUGUUAACUGUGCUAUUUCAUCUCCGGGGAACACAGCCCUGAUGCUGGCAGUGUGCAGUGCAUCAAGCAAGGCAGGCCGCCUACUAGCAGCAGGGCAGAGCUGCAUCCAUUUGCUGCUAAUGCAUGGAGCCAAGGUCAAUGCUCAGAACUGUGAAGGUCUAACAGCUCUUCACGAGGCAUGUUUUGGAGGCAGAGAGGCAAUAAUCAAUCUCUUGCUGGAAUUUGAGGCAAAUGUUAACAUUUUAACAAGAAAUGGGGAAUCUCCAAUUUACAUGUACCUUCAGCGUAGUUCCAACCUCAGAGACAAGACUCUUUUUGCUAGGCUACUUUGUCGCACUUACCCUUUGAGACUGACAAAUAAGCAAGGAAUUCUACCUACAGGAAUCAUCCCACAAGAACUCCACUCCUUAAGGCAAGCCCUAAUAAACUUAUCUCAAAAACCUUUAUCCCUAGAGGAGAUCUGUAAAAAAAUCAUCAGAAAUCUUUGUAGUGAGAAACACAAACAUCACCUGAAGCAACUUCUCCCAGUAAAGAUAUGGAGCUCAAUAUACUGCUGUUAUGACUUAGCAUUCCUCCUCAAGGAAGACCAAGUUCCUUAGUCCUGAGAAUUUCAGCAAUUCAAACUGCAUUUUCUGGCUAGACACGUACCAGAAAAUACUGAACCCAUUAUCUUCAUAUCCCAAUGUACAAACUAUUGGUUCGUAAAGCUUUUUCAAAAAAUAAAAUGAUUUGCAUUAUUAACUCUCAUGUUUCUAGAUUUUCUUUUAAAUCCUUUUUCCAUGAUUUAAUUUUUGCCUAAACAGUAAGCACAAUACAGUAUUCAUAAUCCAGAAAGAAUUUUCAAAUAUCUCCAAAUUGCUCCUUUUAGUUCAAUUAAGAGUUUCAUGUUCGGGACCUAUGAGAUGCCGAUUUAUAUAAAUAAUAAUCUCCUAAGUAAACAAAAAAGGGUACAUCAUCUCCUUAAAUUCACUGAGCCCCAUCGCCAUCUCUAAUUUCAAG